CAGAUUUUCGUGAAUGGAUUAUGAUUUUAAAGAUAACAAAAGGAAUUUUAUCUUUCAAAGGAAACUUUUUUAGAGGCUUAAUUAACAGGUGUUGUAGAUGUCGAUCUACCUUCCCACUGCGGUACAGUUUUGACAAAUUGGACGAUUACUUAAGCACAACAAGGAAAUUGAAAUCUUAACUAGAACACUUGACAUGUGGAAAGCAUAGGCUUACUUAUUAGUGUUUUUUCGACUGACAAGAAUCGGAAUGGGCCAAGAAUUCUCUCUUUCGGAUUAUACUAUACUCGACACUGAUGAUGUCUUUGAAUACAUAGAUGGACAGAUUUUAGACUUCCACAUUGAAAACAAGGCCUCAAAAUGGAAGCUGAAGGCUCAUGUGAUGGAGAGGAAGGCAUCGACAUACUGCCGUCAGCGGUCAGAAAAUGGAGCUCCUGUGGUGGGGAGGGUCAAUCCGCCCCUUUCCAAUGGAGAUACAGGGAGUUCAAACAUCAAAGGAGACGACUUCCCUCUCCCUUCUACAGAGGAAGAAAUCCAGGCGUUUGAUGAGGAAUUCUUUGAGAAACACACUAGGACUGUUGAGGUAGAACUCCGUGAAAAAUCUCGAUCAAGAUCUAUACCAGACCUUUCCAAUCUCAAAUCCAAAUUCUCCAGAUUUGCAUCGCCAAGCAAACCCAAGUUCUUGGACAGACUGUUCAGUAACGUCAGUUUUUCUCGGAAAUCUGGACGGAAAUCAAAGAAUGGAUUAGUGAUUCACACUCGCACAUCACUUGAAAAAGGUGAUGAUGACGAAGAUGAUGAAAAUGAAGAUGAUUGUCUUAUAGGAAGACUUAGUAGAAAAUCAGAUGCAUCUGGAGGACAAAGAGCUGUAGCACCAUCUACUAGCAAUUCAAGUGAUUCCGGAAAAGGAUCUAUUCUAGAAUCUACUUCCGAUUUUUCUCCGACUGGAUGUGUUCAUGGUUCAGUACCUGGUUCACCAAAUAUAAGUGGUAUAGUGCAAAAACGAUUACGUGAUUUUCAAAAUCUGAAUAGUGCAAAAGACAGUUAUUCUGCUCCCUCAUCUCCAGGAAUAUACAGGAGUCGGACUGUUGUUCGGAGUGGUGGGAAAAUCUUUCUGUUUCCUAGCUACUCGGAUAAGGCUAGGAAACACUGUUGUGCAUUUUCGCGCGACGAGAAAUUUAGUAACCUAGUUAUGAAAAAAGGUUUUGUAAAAGCAGUCGUUGAACAAAUUAAUCAUAAUGAUCCUAGUGGUGAGAAAAAUUCCAAUCUGGACAAAGAAAAUACAAAAAGUGUGCGUGAGUUGAAACAGAGGUUUGAAUGUUCUAAUAGUGUUGAUGAAUCUAACAAAUUAUUGAAAAACAAACAUAGACCUCGAACACCACAGGGGUCACCACGACUCCGGCGUGAAAGGAAUGCUACUUCCUUGGAUACCUCCGAUAACAGUGCCAGAAAUAGUUUACGAUCUUCCGAGUUCGGAGGAACAUCACAAUCAGACAGUAUCUCUAAUGGCCAGGAUCGGACGGAGGCCGAGUCCGGCAUUGCCUCGGACUGUAGCACUGUGGGGUUCUCUACGGUAAAUGUGGUAGAGUUGUUUGACUCGAGCUGGUCCGACUCCGACAUGAGUUUUGAUGAGUACAGUGACUGGGACAGCGAUGUAGACAAUCAGGAGGAUGACCACGACCUAGACAAAACAUGUGAUAAUAGUGUCACUCCUGAGUGUAAACUGCAUAGGAUUGCAGAGGAACUUUUCAAAACAGAAAAGGCUUACGUCUCGCGACUCUACCUUCUUGAUCAGAUUUUCCAGGCUCGGGUUCGUGAGGAGAACAAGACACAUAAUUUCCUUUCAUUGGAUGUGAUGAAUCAGAUGUUUUCCAACAUAACCAGUAUAUACCAGUUCCACAACAAUUUCUUACUGCCCCAGUUAGAAACAAGGAUGAAAAACUGGGAAUCUUUACCAAAAAUUGGAGACCUGAUGCGGAGCAAUGCUCCAUUUUUGAAGCUUUAUACAGAGUAUGUUAAAAAUUUUGACCAUGCCAUGAACCUGAUUAAUGCUUGGUCCGAGAAAUCUUCCAGAUUUGCAGCAAUCAUGCAGGAAAUACAGAAAACUCCAGAGUGUGGCAGCCUGACAUUGCAGCAUCAUAUGUUGGACCCAGUCCAGAGGGUACCUCGUUACCAGCUACUCCUACAAGAUUACCUGAAACAUUUACCCGAGGAUUCACCUGAUAAAGAAAAUGCUGAAGUGGCCCUGGAGCUUGUUACUAAGGCAGCUAGUCAUUCCAAUGAAGCUAUGAAGAAAAUUGAGAAGUUCCACAAAUUACUGGAAAUUAACGAAAAGUUUGGUGCUGCAAUUGACCUGAUCAGUCCCACCCGAGAGCUUGUAAGAGAGGGUCGUAUCACCAAGAUCUCUGCGAGGGGUGGGGAGAGGCUGGACCGUUAUGUGUUUCUGUUCAACGACCUCAUGUUGAUUUGUUGUGAGCAAAUACUGGGAAGUUUUCGCAUCAAAGCCCAGCUGGAUAUGGAGGGUUUGGAGAUUAUGGACCGGAAUGACAAGUGUAUACGCUGGAUACUGGAGGGAGAAAACAUUGACAUUCCAAAUACAUUUUAUGUGAAAAGCCGGCAGAAGAUUAUACAAUUCCUCGAUGAGAAUUCUGCUGGGGAGCCAAUGGGCUGGUGUGAGUCUAUGAAGGACACACUGAAGGAAUACCGCCACAGGAGGCAGUCUCUGAGGGGACAUGAGGACCAUUUACGGGACAGUGGGCUUAACUGUAGAAUGUCGGUUCAGUCUGAGUUAAUGAAGGUACCAAAGCUCCCAGAAAUGGAGAUAGGGAAAUUGGCUCCAAAGUGGAUAAAGGAUGAUGAGGUAACAAUGUGUAUGCAGUGUACCAACUCCUUCACAGCAUUCCGUCGACGGCAUCACUGCCGCGCCUGUGGCAUUGUGGUUUGUAGUAAAUGUUCCGGUAAGAAGGUGCCUCUGGCCUACGACAACUUCAGGUAUAAUCGUGUCUGUGACAAGUGUUAUACAGUCUUAAAGAAUGGAGUGGAGGAGGAUGAAGUGCCGGAAAAACCAACCACCAGUUCAACUCGACGACGGGUGUUACAGAAAAAAGCAAGUGAUCCCUCGGUGCUGUCCAGUUAUCUGCAGGUCAGCACUGACCGCGGUAAGAGUUGGACAAAGCGAUGGGUCGUUGUCCAGUCUGACUAUGUUCUCUACUGUUUCAAGGCUCACCAGGAUGUUUGUGCCCUUUUUUCUAUCCCACUUCCUGGAUACACUGUGGAGGCAACUGACUCUGACACUGGGGACAAGGAGAAGGGAUUCAAACUCUACCACAAGAACCAGCAAGGACAAACACAUUACUUCCUGGCUGGAGAGCAGAAUCACCGCGACAAGUGGAUGGAUGUCUUAGAACGAGUUGCCAGGCUUGAACUGCCAGAGUCGGAAGAAAAUAAAAGAGCUUCAACUCAGUCCUCCAGUAGCAGUAGUGGAACUGCGGAAAUUCAACAGUUAUAGCAGUACUUCCUUGUUACAUGGCGAUAAGCCAUAGACUUUGUAGUCCCCAACCCCGUUCCAUUGGGGAAAAUCCUACAGACAUUUUCACAAGUUAUUUCCUCUUCCAUGGGGAAAAAGCCCACAGACUUUGUCAAAAUUUGUCCUCUCUUCAUGGGAAAAAAACAGUUCAUUUAGCAAAUUAAUCUUGUAAUCAAUGUUUUCCUGUGUGCAUUGGAUAACAUGACUUUUAAAAAGACAUGGUCUAUUAUUUUUUUAAUCUCAAAUGAAAUUAUAGGGAUGUAAUUUUCAGUGGAAGCACUGAAUCUGUAGUAAUUCGUAUUAAACACCAAUACAAUAUUUAAGGAGAACAUUAUUAUACGCGUUGCCCUCAAUGGCCUUCAAAUCCAAAUAAAUCCUUAUAGCUGACCAUUCCGUUAACAGUGUUUUAUCAACACGCUCAUUUUGUAUGCUAGUAACAGGUGUAUGUGACUGCAUUGAAACUACAGUGUCUUGAAAUUACUGCUUAAGUGUAUUGCACUGUUGUCAUUAUAUAUAAUUUAUAAGGUGUAUGUUGUGCUGUAUAAAAUACCGCGACAUUGUAAGGUGUAUUCUUUGAUAAUCAAUGACUUGGUGCAGUGUAAGUUCAGUAUUGUGAUGUAUGAAUGCGGUGUGUAAGUGGUUUAUGUGACAAUGAACAUGGAAAGCAUGUGCUGCAUCUUUAAAGUUUCAUUUGGAAAAUACAUUUAAUGUGUCUUUACUUAAUAUUUGUGUUUAGUUAUGUAAACAAUCAGAUUUCUUCAGGCCUAUUCGGGGCCGCAGUGGCCGAGUGGUUAAGUUGUCCCGGCUGUUGCCAGGUACUGGGUCAGUGGGGAGUAGAAUGGGCAAUUUUUUUUCAUGCUUUAUUCAUGUGUGUUUCUGCCUCCAUAAACUUGGGAUGUACAAUAUGCAUCAUAAACAUCAGCAUAGUAUAAUUUUUUUUUUUUUUUAAACUGAACAAAAAUUGAACAAAUACAAAAAUGAAGACAGUAAAAUGUGUCAAAUGCUUUUCCUCUACAACAGUUACUAUUUUGCUGGUCCAUUAUAAAGGUAUCAACAGAUAUAUUUUUUCAGAAAUCCAUUUCAGUGCCUGGUCAGUAACCCACGGCCUCUGUUCAUGAAUAUUUAGUUGGUUAAAAGAGACCUCAACAAGUAGUCUGAAGAAUCACUAGGUUAUCCAGUAAAUUUCUACAGCUUAUCCAGAAAACAAACAAAAAAAACAAAAAAAAAACAAAAAAAAACAAAUUCUGAGUGUGAGUGACCUCCCUUUAACUAGUAUGAAAGCAGGGAUGUUUUGGGACAGUGUUUACUUUAAAUGUGGCUGUUCAUACACUGCAUACUGGCUUUUGUAAAUGUGUCCCAAACAUCAUUGCAUAGAUGUUACAAAUGUUUUCAUAUGUUUCAUAAACAUACUGAUUUCUGCUUAAAUAUUUCAGUCCUAGCUUUCAUGCAACUUCUCGAUGAGAGUAUUUUUUAGCAAUAAUUUAUUUUGUGUAUUUGUGAAUACCUAUUUUGUAUAUAUAUGUAUUGUUAUUUAUGUUUAGCAGGAUUUGUACAAUUUCAAUCAAUGUGUGUACUUAAAUAUUAAAUUAUUUUCACUGCAAUUAUACCAUGAUAAAACUGAUUAAGUUGUCAUUGAAAUAGUUACUUGAAAGUUUUUGUCAAACUGACCUAUGAUAUGUCGCUUCAUCUUAGCUGUUUGAUAUUUAAAUCCAUUAAACUUUUUCUGCUAUACAAAAGCCAUUCUGGAUUUUACAAAAUUUUACAGAAUUAUAUACAUAGAUACAUGGGUACAGGUAUGAAUUGCUAUUUUCUAUGUAGAUUAAAAAUACAAGAUGGCCACCGCUGUCUGUCACUGGACAAAACAAUUCCAUGUAGAUCAUAAAUGUAUAUGAAAACUGUAUUUAUAUAUAAUAUAGAAUAAAGUUUAAAGUGUCCAUGUGACGGUAGAUAAUUAUAGAAUAAAAAGUCAAACACAGAUCUGCUGUCUCCCUAGUACUUUCGCGGCUACAUCGUGCCGCUCUUCAGGGUGCCGAAUAAAAUUCACAUUCCCCUGAAGAGCAGCACGAUGUAGCCGCAAAAGUACUUGGGAGACAGCAGAUCUGUGUUUGACUUUUUAUUCUAUCAAUAUUUACCGUCACAUGGACACUUUAAACUUCAUUCUAUAGCAAUAUGAUGUUAAAUGGACCAACACAUUAUGAUCAAUGGAGCUAGAUUGGAAGUUUUAACAAGUCAAAUUUCAACCAUAUGCCAGAAUUCAAAUGUCUUAAACAAGUAGUUUGUGAAGUUUGCUUCAAACAUUAUACAAUUAUGCUUCCAGGAAACUUCCAUGUUUGAACUCAUCAUUACAGUUUUCAGGAUGGUGCUGAAAUCCUCAUUAAUAGGGCUAACCAUUCACAGCCUCGUUUUGAUACUGGUAUACCAUUUCUAGAUUUAUAUGUUUUUACUCGCCAGUAAAUCAGUUUUUAUAACAAAUAUAUGUUUGGUUUACUUUGUAAUGUAAUUAUAAGGUAAAUAUGGGAAAUUAUCAGUGAUUUUUUUUUUUUGUGAUUUAGUUUUCAUUAUAAAACAUGUUACCCUUUUCUGUGAUCAUUGUGAAAUAUAGACCAUUUUAAAGGAUUUUUAAAGUGAGUUUGUAAUGUACGUAGCUUAUUACAUUUUAUAUGAACAAUCUCUUUCAAGUUUUUCCAUUGUGUAUGACAUCAUGGAAUGGGAAGAAAUUUGAGGAAUUCUUUUAUCAAAUACAUGACUUGAUUAUUUUAAUGGAUACAUUAUGUCAAAAGUUAAACCAGAAAAUACACACUUAAUUUUACUUGUGUUAUAAAAUAUUGAUGUCUAAAAUUAUCCAAUUCAUAAUAGAUCACUUUAGGUAAUGUUUAAGUUAAGAAAAACUCGGUGAAAAUUUCAUAUGGUCAGAAAUGAUCUAUCGCUUUCACCAUUGCAGUGAUUUUUAUUAUGAUGUUACUCUUGAUUUAUGAACUUUAUUUAUUUUACAACAAUUGUAAGUUUUAUCAACUUCUGUUAAUCAUUCUUGUGGGCCCAGAUGGUGGUACACAGACAUAGGGGUAAUCAUUAUGAGACUAAACCAAAGUACAAGUAGAAAACAUGGGAGAUGAUGACUCAUACAUUUUCACCUCCCAUCAAGGAAUCAAACCCCGGCUGUCUUGUUGAAAGAUGAGAGUGCUAUCCACUAUGCCACCUUUCGAUUCGUGUAACAUUAAUAUAGGGUGACUGUGGCGGUGCUAUUUAACAAUUGUAUACAAUUAUACUAACAUUUUUUUUAAUUAUGUUAAUUUAUUAUCAUAGAUCGUCAGAAUUGCUCUACUGCUAUAUUUUUAAGUUUAAUUUGUGUUAUUUUUUUUAUUUGUUACUCUGUAGUAGGUAAACUAUUGUUUGUGAAAAGUUAUUUUCUUAACUUAGUUAGGUACAAUUAUUUCCCAAACUGGAAAUAAGCUGUGGUCUCACAGCCAUUUUUUUAAGUCCACCCAUGGGGUACAUAUGUAGCUGUUUCCUACCCAAAGGUAACCAUGGUAACUAUUGGUAAGGGUGGGGUGGAGUAUUUUGUUGUCUGUUGAAAUAUUGAAUGAGAAUAGCAUGGAAUGUAAUGGAAUGCAUGUUAUUAUGAUUGUAUUGUUUACCAUUCAUCAAUAAAUUCUAAAUGAAAUUUAUUUUCCUGUUAACUACGUUACACAUUGGUGCAUAUGAACCGUACUUGUGUUAUGAUUUUUGUAUUUGAGAUGAUAUCAUGUUGAUGGUAUGGUGUGUACUGUCAUUUCAUUUCGUAAUAAAAUCAACAAUGUUAUAAAUUAU